AUGGCCCGUAUUUCUUUGGACUGUCCCAACUCUUUACCAGGGAUUCCCCUCAGUGUCCUGUCAGUGCCCAUGGAAAAUAAAUAUAAAUGUCAGCAAUGUCUCCAGGUCCUGAGGAAGCCUGUCCAGGCUCAGUGCGGCCACCGCUUCUGUGUACACUGCUUCAAGCAGCUCACCAGUUCUGGCCCAAAGCCAUGUGAAGCCUGCCGUCAAGAGGAGAUAUACGAGGAACCCAUUUCCAUUCUAAACAGCAGUGAGGCUUUCCCAGACAAUGCAGCAGGCCGAGAAAUAGCAAGCCUGCCAGCCAGGUGUUUGAACCAGGGCUGUACCUGGACUGGAUCUAUUAAAGAGUAUGAGGCUCAGCAUGAAGGUCGCUGUGAAUUCGAGCGGAUACUGUGCGAGGGCUGCCAAAUCCUUAUCCUUCUCACGGAGAAGGACAGACACAAUGAGAGAGAAUGCGAGGCAAGAACUCUUAACUGCAAAUACUGCAAAAUGACCUUCAACUUCAAAGAGAUAAAGGCCCAUGAUGAGAUCUGUCUGAAGUUUCCCAUGCAAUGCAAGGACUGUGGAAAAAAGAAGAUACCAAGAGAAAAGUUCAAUGAUCAUGUGAAGUCUUGCGCCAAGUCAAAGAGCACGUGUCCAUUCAGUGAAGUGGGCUGCAAGUCUAUGGUAGAGAACGGGAAACUCUGUGACCACGAGGUCAACAGUACUAUGGAGCACUUGCGUCUGCUGCUGCCUCUGGUGCUGUCAGCGACUCGGGCUCGCUCAGAGGGCUCUGGUGCCGGGGAGUGGCAGGAGGACUCCGGAGUGGGCCUGUACAGGGAUCCUAAUGAGGGAGCCGGGCCCACGACCUCCGUGCAGUCUGUUGACCUGGAAAAAAAAGUGAACGCUUUAGAAAACAUCGUGUGUGUCCUGAACCGGGAGGUGGAGCGCAGUUCUGUUACAAUGGAAGCAUUCGCACACCAACACCGCUUAGACCAAGAGAAGAUUGAAAAUCUGUCUAACAAAGUCCGACAGCUGGAGAGGACGCUGACCAUGAGAGACUUGCAGCUGUCUGAGACCGAACAGCUGGUGCGCGAACUCCAGUUCUGCACCUACGACGGAAUAUUCGUCUGGAAAAUCUCCGACUUCUCGCGCCGAAGGCAGGAUGCCGUGGCUGGUCGAGCGCCUGCAAUGUUCUCACCAGCUUUUUACUCCAGCAAAUAUGGCUACAAAAUGUGUCUAAGGUUGUAUUUGAAUGGUGACGGGACGGGCCGGGGAACGCACCUUUCGCUGUUUUUCGUCGUCAUGAGGGGAAAGUGCGACGCCCUGCUCAAGUGGCCGUUCAGUCAGAAGGUGACUCUGAUGCUCUUGGAUCAGAACAACAGGGAGCACAUCAUCGAUGCUUUCCGACCGGACGUCAGCUCCUCGUCCUUCCAGCGGCCGAUCAGUGAGAUGAACAUCGCCAGCGGCUGCCCACUCUUCUGCCCGCUGGCCAAACUGGCCGGAAAGAGCCCUUACCUCAGAGAUGAUACAAUUUUCAUUAAAGCCAUUGUAGACCUGACAGGCUUAUAAGGGUGUACUGUGGAAGUAACACCAAAAAACUCUGUUUUGUUUUGCUUUGUUUUGUUUUUUUAAAUACAAAAACACAGAAACAAAAAUCUAAACCAAAUAAUGAAUCUUUUUAAUAAUAAUAUUAAUAAUAACAGUAAUAAUAAUAUAUAUAUAUAUAUAUGACAAAAAUACAAUGUUAUUAUCAUAUAGGUUACUAUAUUUAUAUAUUAUCUCAUUAAAAUCAUCAUUAGGAUGUCAUUACACCUUGAGGGCGUGCGAUGUGACAUCUGCACUCAUUCCGAGGAUCCAUCUGCAGUGAAUCAGUGAAUCAGCGGUGGGAGCUGAGAAAAGCUCUCUGAGGAAAAAAGGGUCUGAAGUCAUCUGUUAUCCUGAUGUUACCCUCCUUAUAUCUGUAUUGCAUCUUGUAGAUGAUAAUUUAUCUCUUAUAUUAUAAGCAGCCUAAUAUCAUAAUAGAUAUAAUACACCUUCUUUAGCUUUGUGUGUGUUUUGAUUUUCCCACCACUGUGAGAUUAUCUCCAGUUACUAUUUAUUUAUGGCUCGAGAUAAUUAAAGUUAACUAGUUCUAAUAAAAUGUUUUAGUUUUAAAGGCACAUACUUAGACAAAUGGGAGAUGUGUUUAGUUUUAGCCUGCGUUAGCUCUCAUGCAGUAUAGGAAAACAACGACCAAUGAAAACCAAACAAGCGCUGAUGGAAAGGAAUCAAAAAUACUAGAUUAUAAAAGCUCUCGUGUUGAUGAGGUCGUGGUGCGUGCACUUGUCACUUAAACGGCUCGAUCUGGUAAACAUUUUAUAUCAAAUUUUAAAUGAAUCUAAAGGGGAUAAGACAAUGAUAAAAUAUGUAGCCUGUUUCAAAUAAUCCCUUAAUACUGUAUUACUAAAUAAUCCUGAAGCAUCUACUGUUACACAGAGUAGCAAAUAUAUAAAUAAAUAUAUAUAUGUACACACUUUAUUGUAUUAUGUCAGUGCUACUGCUAACUAUAAUGCCUGAUCAGUUGUACUCAUACUGUACUCAAUCAUAUAAAGUUAGUUUUGAAUCUUUCAUGACUUUGAUGACUGGUGAUUAUUUAUAAAGUGUUUUAAGGGAUGCUAAAGUACCAUUUGACCAUAGGUACAUUAUUAAUUUAACCAUUUUUUGUGUGUGUCAUUUAAGAUAAAAUUUCACUAAAUUCUAUUUGAUUUUAAUUAAAAGUUCAUUUAAAGCAUAA